AUGAGAUUUUUUUUCUCUUCAUGCACGUCCUGCAUCAAUCCCCCAAUCAGUGCAUGCAGCACCUCGGCACGGCUGUCCUCAAAUUCUCGCGAAACUUAUUCGAUAACUGAAAUUGGCACAUAUUGUUUGUCUCAAAACCCCAGUCUUGGCGUCCGCGUUUUUUUCCCGCAUAACCUAAUUUUCUACCACCCAGCCACCACUUGUAAUAUCGUGUGCAUUGUUACCAAUAAGCGGUUCGUGCAUUCCUCACCUGCAUUGAUAUGCAUCAGCUGCGCCGAAAUUGGGGGAUCACCACACGUGGUGUUUGUGUGCACACCCAAUAUUGCAAUCGUUCGUGUGAGCAGCUGCUUGUUUCGGGUCGAGAAAUAUCGUGCGUUGCAGAUCAGCACUACUUCGGGCGUUUGUUUCCUUAACGGUUUUACCAUUCACAGGUGGCCGGCACAGCGCCUAUUUAUGCAGGCUCAUUUUUUGUGUCCUCUUAUAUCGCUAAUUUUUAUUUCAUUGAUAACCAUCUCAGUAAUUUCAGUCGAGGUUUUUCUGCGCAGCGCCAAUAAUCUACUUGUUAUCAGUUUGUGA